UCUGCAGUAUUUAUUUUUAAAUAUAUUAAAAGAUUUUGAGAAUCUCGUUUAAUUAAUCCAAAACAAUUCUUAAUCUUCCUCUUUUUAUACGGCUGUUACAUUUUCCUCACCUUCACAGCUCUCCUCGCUCUACAGCCAAAAGAAACUAGAAAACGCAUUUUAAGAGAGAAAGAGAGUAAAAAUGGGUUCCAAAACUGUCAUGGUGUUCUUGAUCAUGGCUAUCUUCGCCGCGUCAACACUCGCUCAAGCUCCAGCUCCUACUCCCACCGCUACUCCUCCUCCACCCGCCUCAACUCCUCCUCCCGUAGCUACUCCUCCACCAGUGGCCACUCCACCACCUGCCGCAACCCCAAUCCCAGCCCCAACCACCACUCCACCACCGGCCGCAACCCCAGCCCCCGCAACUACACCACCGUCGGCAGCUCCGUCUCCAUCUGUUGUUCCCGCCGCCUCUCCACCAGCUCCGGAAGGUCCCGCCUUGAGCCCAAGCGGACUUUCUCCAGGGCCUUCUGAUGAAGCGGCCGCCCCAAGUGCCGCUUUCUCCAACAAAGCUUUCACGGUUGGAACCGCUUUCACCGCUAUUGUGUACGCCGCUAUUAUGGUUUGAGAUCUUUUCACGUUUUCAUUUUUUUUUAGUUUGACCCCAAUUAUUUCAUAUCUUUGGUGUUAUGUGAGAAUUUCUGUAAAGUAUAA